GAAAGUACUGCGCAUGCGUGAUAUGAAAUAGCACCCCCAGCUGGACGUGUUCAUGAGAGCAUCCUGUGAUGGGACGGUGAUGCUCGUGGCCCUUUAACGCAACCUGAGCUGACCAGCUACGCAUUAUGCAAUGAUCUCGUGAAGUAACUUAGCCUAAGUGUCAGGACGGGAUAAAUUAUGCAGGAGGAAGACCCCGUUAAUGUUGUGUGUACAGUGCGGCUCUCCGCCUGGUCGGAGUGUAACUCCACCACUCUGACAGUUCCUCUCACAGCCCCUCCAGAUCGCCCUCACAGGGGCAGCGUCCAGAAGAAUGGACACCAAAACAGAAGCUCAGUCAAACGGAGUCUCAGCCUCGGAGAAAAACGCCGCUGCUCAGGAAACAAGUUCACAGACUGCCUGUGGAGGAUGUGGGAGGAAAGUUCGUAGCUGGAUACCUGUGAAUUACAAAAGAGAAACCGUCCAGUUACUGCAGUUAGCUGGACCAGUGUUUAUCUCACAGUUGAUGAUCUUCUUGAUCAGCUUUGUCAGCACUGUGUUCUGCGGACACUUGGGGAAGACAGAGUUAGCCGGUGUAGCGCUGGCUAUAGCUGUUAUUAAUGUCACAGGCUUGUCCAUUGGUGCUGGGCUGGCAUCAGCAUGCGACACACUAAUUUCUCAGACAUUUGGCAGUAAUAACCUGAAGAGGGUUGGGGUGAUCCUGCAGAGGGGCAUCCUCAUCCUCCUGUUGUCCUGCUUCCCCUGCUGGGCCGUACUGAUCAACACAGAGCCCAUCCUGCUGGCCGUCAGACAGAGCCCCAGGGUAGCCAGUCUCUCACAGCUGUAUGUAAAGAUAUACAUGCCUUCUCUGCCUGCUGCUUUUAUGUACCAGUUGCAAGCUCGAUACUUGCAGAAUCAGGGCAUCAUAUGGCCUCAGGUCAUCACAGGAGCUGCUGGAAACGUCUUGAAUGCUUUGAUAAAUUACAUCUUUCUUCAUUUGCUUCAUCUGGGUGUAGCCGGUUCUGCUGCAGCAAACUCCAUUUCUCAGUGUUCCUUGGCUGUGUUUCUUUACGUGUACAUCCGCUGGAAGGGUCUACACAAGGCUACCUGGGAUGGCUGGUCUCGAGACUGCCUGCAAGAGUGGGGUGCCUUCAUCCGCCUGGCCUUACCCAGCAUGUUAAUGCUGUGCGUGGAGUGGUGGACUUACGAGAUUGGAGGAUUCCUGGCAGGUCUCAUCAGUGAAACUGAGUUGGGGGCCCAGUCUGUUAUCUAUGAGUUAGCCACUAUCGCAUACAUGAUUCCUUUGGGAUUUGGAGUGGCAGCCAGUGUGAGAGUGGGCAAUGCUCUUGGAGCUGGAAACACAGAACAGGCCAAACUCUCCAGCAAAGUGUCCCUGCUGUGUGGAAUCUUGGCCUCAUGUGUGGUUGCUGCACUUAUAAGUGGAACCAAGGACAUCAUUGCAUAUAUCUUCACCACGGAAGAGGAUAUUGUGCACAGAGUUUCAGGAGUCAUGGUUAUGUAUGGCUUCUUCCAUCUGUUCGAUGCAAUUGCGUGUAUUACAGGUGGUAUCGUCAGAGGUGCUGGAAAGCAGCUGCUUGGUGCUAUGUGUAACAUUGUUGGCUACUAUUUUGUGGGCUUCCCACUAGGAGUGUCUCUGAUGUUCGCACUCGAUAUGGGAAUAAUUGGAUUGUGGUCUGGCUUUUUUGUGUGCGUCUUCUUGCAGUCUGUUUUUUUCUUCAUUCUCAUUUGCAAACUUAACUGGAAAAAUGCAACUCAGGAGGCUCUGGUGAGAGCAGGUGUUCUGCCAGAUAAGACAAAAGAUGAAUCUUAUGCCAUGGAAAAUAAGUCUUGUGAAGAAGAUGAAUCUCAGGGGGCAAAGCCUGAUAUAGAAGAACAGAUUCAUGAAAAGCAUGAUGUGGAGGGCCAGGAUGAACAAGAAGAAGGAAUUGCAGAGGAUGGAGCAGCGGUUAUUGUAGGUGAUGUGCUGACCACCAGGCAGCUGGUUGUUCGUCGAGGACUUGCUGUUUUUCUAAUGUUGCUUAUUCUCGCGGGUGGGAUCGUGUUAAACAUAUUUCUCACAGAUUUCCUCAAGCGAGCAUGAGAACUAAUAAUUCCUCUGCCAAAAAUGACCUUUCUCAACAAGACACAGGAAGGGUGGAAAUGCUAUCUUGUUUUCUAAACCGAGGGUCAAACGCUCUCUGGGAAGUUGAAAACAAGGAGCACAACCUUCAGAACCAAGUCUGCUAGUGCUUUUGUCAGAUCACAUGAUUGUAAAAAUUUCAUAUGUAUCAAAUCGCGCCAGUGAAUGAUGCUAUAAGCUGUGGAAACUUAAGCCAAAGAGCUGUCGAACUUGAAGUCACAAAUUGAGCAAUUUUGUGCCAAAGUAUUCUGCUGGAAAUUUGUAAACAUGCGGAUGACAGCCAUUUAAAAUCAUGCUGAAUGUGUGCAUAUCGCAGAUGAAAUUUUACUGCACUGCAAAAUUGAAUAACCUGUGGAAUUCUGACUGACAUUUUAAUUGUAUUAGAAUCUGACAUCAUUUCUUGUUACAAACCUAAAGGGUUAGUUCAAUUAAGAAACCAUAUAUGUAUAUCCAUAUUCACACUCAUUGGCCACUUUAUCAUUACAGUGUUUGUCAAUUUUCUCACCUCUACUUACCAUAAGGAGCAUUCUAGUCCAUCUGUUUCUCUGCAUACUUUGCUAACCCCUUUUACCCUGUUCUUCAAUGGACAGGACCCCAACAAGACCACCACAGAGCAGGUGUUAUUUGGUUGGUGGAUCAUUCUCAGCAUCACAGUGACACUUGUGUGGUGGUGGUGUUGGUGUGUUAGUGUCUGUUGCGCUAGUGUGAGUGGAGGAGACAGUUCUCUAAAUGUGAAUUUAACAAACAAACUGUUUUCAUUGACAGCCAUACAUUAUGCCAAGUUAAGCUUUUCUUCAAGCUCUCCAGCUCUAAACUUAGUACUAAACAGUAUCUACCCCUAUAAGUUACUAGAGGAUUGUUUUGCAAAUACUAUUUUUUGCUAACUUUAGAGAGCAGCUGUUAUCAUGACAGUUAUUAUGAAAUGAAGUUGCUAAACUAAGACUAGCCAGAAAGGGAAUUUUUAUGCUUAUUAGGCAUCAGUGAAUGAAAUUGUUGCUUUUGAAGUGAUAUUUAAAAAAACUAUUAUUUAAAACACUUGAUUUGUACUUAAUAACUUAGACAUUUACAAAAGACAUGUAAGGUAAUAUUUUUUGCCUUGUUUUACGCACAAUUUUUAUUAUAUUUUCUGUGCACUUGUUUUAUGCUUAAUUAAACAAUGAAGUGAGUAA